UUCGAAGCAUACUGCAUAUCUAUGGUGUGACGUCUCAGGACAUUAACUGAACACUGCAUUGCAAAUGAGCUAGUAGGACUAUAAUACAAGUGUUUAACAUAUAAAUAGUACCAAUCCAAGGAAGGGCAUGUCCAAUACCGUUGUCUUUCAUGCUCAGCUAGCCUCCAUCAUUGAGGUUUUGGCGAAUACAGCCGUUGCCGAAAUCUGCAAACUUGUAGAUGAUGGCCAUGCUGCCUUACGUUUGGAAAUUUCCCAUAGUCAGAAAGAAAUUGAUAACCUGCGGAGGAAGCUAGUUUUGACAAAAUUCCAGAAUUCUCGACGGAGCGCAGAGAGAUUUGGAGCCCUGCGACGCACAGUUCACAGGCGAGUGGACACCGAUCAUGUUGCCCGGGAGAGAGAGAGCUUCGUAGAAAAGGCAAAAAUCAGACUUGGAUAUUUGGAAAAUCGUUUUUCCUACAGUGAAGGGGGCAAAUGUAUGCAGGAUGUCACCAACCGGAGAGACGCAGGACGCACAGCGACAGACCAGGAUGUGGCCAUGCAGAUGGCAGAUAUGCAAGAGGCACCUCAUAUCAAAAUGGAAAAUCUUGACACCAGCAUAACCGAAGAGAUUGUCCAACCAGUCAGUGAGAGCAGUGAGAAGAUCAUUGUAGCAGAACCAGGUUCUUCAUCAUCUACUGAACCCACAGACCAUCUGGACCAGCAGGGCAACAGACACAGAGCUCCAGACACCUCACUCAAUAUAGAACCUGAAAACCAGACGUUCCAGCAUCCAGCGUCACAAUACAACAGAGCAAGACAGGACCAUCAGGUUGCUGAGGGUGUGACCUGGGAAACUGACCAUCAACCCAUAGAAUACAGCCUGUCCCAAUGGACAGAGAACCAAGAGACUGACAACCCAACUGUGAAUGCUCCUCACAAUGCAGGGCCAGACUCCAAGAGGCUGUCUGGACAUCCAGAGAGGAGAGGGGCGCCAGGUAACUCAGGGGUCAGCAUGUCUGCUUCAGGCUCUCUGGACUGGGUACCUGAUGUGGUGAUGGUGGACUCAGUUCCCAUUAAAGUGGAGGCAGAUAUGAGUUCAGAAUGGAGCAUAACUGGCCAAGAGGUGACAUCUGGAGAGGUCUGUUCGGACGGUAGGCAACUUGUGGACAACAGAGGAAGAGGGGGAAUGGAGUCUGGACAGACACAGUGUCCCCCUGACACUGAAAACACAGAACAAGGGACAACUGUAGGAUCAAGGUCCAAGAUGUCAGAUUUCAACAGACUGUCUUCCCUAAACAGCUUUUCAUCCCCAAGUAUUCCUCUCCACCAGGUUCCCCAAAGAGGGAAGCCAGCCCCCUUCCCAAAUUUCAACAGAGGCUCCACUUCUUCAUCGAAAGGCAUAGAAAAGCAGCCGCAACAGUUGACGUCUCACUCCACCCAGAGGCAGCUCCGGUGCAGCCUCUGCGGAAAGCCCUUCCCUCAGCCGGCAUACCUAAGGAGGCACAUGCGGGUCCAUACAGGGGAGAAACCGUAUGGCUGCAGCCACUGCACCAAGCGCUUCUCCCACAGCCACCAGCUGAAGAUGCAUGAGAGGGUCCACACCGGAGAGAAACCAUUUCAUUGCAUCUACUGCGGGAAGUGCUUCACCCAGUCUGGCCACAUGAAGAGGCAUCUCCUCGUCCACACUGGCGGCAGGCCACAGGACGUUGUGCUGCCCUGAGUGCUCCAAGGUGAAGUUUCCCCUAGGUACAGAUCUAGAAUCAGCUUCCUCUUCCCCAAUCCUAUCCUUAAGCAUUAGUGAAAAAAUAUAUACUAAACUGACCGAAGAUCAGCUUCUCGGGGUAACUUCACACUACUCCACCUAGCAUAAUGAUAAGUAGGGCCAGGAGUUUUUCCUCACCAUGUGAUCAGACCAGGAAAAACUCCUCUCUAGUUGUUAGGGGACUGGCUCCACACUACUGGAGUUUUCAUAUGAACACGGGGUCCGUGUGUUUUUAACAGUUUGCAUUAGAGGUCGACCGAUUAUGAUUUUUCAAUACUGAUACCGAUUAUUGGAGGACCAAAAAAAGCCGAUACCGAUGAAUCGGACGAUUUUUAUAUAUAUAUUUGAAAUAAUGACAAUUACAACAAUACUGAAUGAACAAUGAACACUUUUAUUUUAACUUAAUAUAAUAUUUCAAUAAAAUACAUUUUGUCUCUUAUAAAUAAUGAACAUGUUCAAUUUGGUUUAAAUAAUGCAAAAACAAGGUGUUGGAGAAGAAAGUGCAAUAUGUGCCAUGUAAAAAAGCUAACGUUUCUGUUCCUUGCUCAGAACAUAUGAAAGCUGCUUUUAACAUGAGUCUUCAAUAUUCCCAGGUAAAAAGUAUUAGGUUGUAGUUAUUAUAGGACUAUUUCUCUCUAUACCAUUUGUAUUUCAUAUACCUUUGACUAUUGGAUGUUGUAAUAGGUACUCCCUAAUUUCGGGAGUUUAUAGGCUUGAAGUCAUAUACAGCGCAAUGCUUAAAGCAUUGCGAAGAGCUGCUUGCGAACGCAGUAAAGGGCUGUUUGAAAGAAUGCUUACAAGCCUGCUGCUGCCUACCACCGCUCAGUCAGACUGCUCUAUCAAAUCAUAAACUUAAUUAUGAUAUAAUAACACACAGAAAUAUGAGCCUUGGGUCAUUAAUAUGGUAAAAUCCAGCAACUAUAAUUUCUAAAACAAAACGUUUAUUCUUUCAGUGAAAUACUGAACCGUUCCGUAUUUUAUCUAAUGGUGGCAUCCAUCAGUCUAAAUAUUGCUGUUACAUUGCACAACCUUCAAUGUUAUGUCAUAAUUACGUAAAAUUCUGGCAAAUUAGUUCGCAACGAGCCAGGCGGCCCAAACUGCUGCAUAUACCCUGACUCUGUUGCACAGAACGCAAGAGAAGUGACACAAUGUCCCUAGUUAAAAUACAUUCAUGUUAGCAGGAAAUAUUAACUAAAUAUGCAGGUUUAAAAAUAUAUACUUGUGUAUUGAUUUUAAGAAAGGCGUUGAUGUUUAUGUUUAGGUACACAUUGGUGCAAUGACAGUGCUUUUUUCGCAAAUGCGCUUGUUAAAUCACCCGUUUAGCGAAGUAGGCUAUGAUUCAAUGAUAAAUUAACAGGCACCGCAUCGAUUAUAUGCAACGCAGGACAAGCUAGAUAAACUAGUAAUAUCAUCAACCAUGUGUAGUUAACUAGUGAUUAUGUUAAGAUUUAUUGUUUUUUUAUAAGAUACGUUUCAUGCUAGCUAGCACCUGACCUUGGCUCCUUGCUGCACUCGCAUAACAAGUAGUCAGCCUGCCACAAAGUCUCCUCGUGGAGUGCAAUGUAAUCGGCCAUGAUCGGUGUGCAAAAAUGCCGAUUACCAAUUGUUAUGAAAACUUGAAAUCGGCCCUAAUGAAUCGGCCAUUCCAAUUAAUCGGUCGACCUCUGGUUUGGAUAGUUACCACAUUGAACACUACCCUCUGUGUGUAGUGGUUGUGUUUUCAGUUCAACUGGCAUGAUGCUUGGUCCAGAGUGGACUGAUAAUCCAUAACUUAUAACAGGUGAAGAUUUUAAAAAUCAUUGGUGCAGUACAGUAAUUUAUUUGAAUUGUAUUUAUUAUUUAUUUAACCAGGUGAGUUGACUGAGAAUACAUUGUGAUUUACAGCAACGUCCUGGGGAAAAUUACAAUACAUAGACCUAGUUAAAAGCCAUAGUUAACACGCAGAAAUAUAAGCAAGCAAAAUUCAAUAAAGAUCAAUCUCAUAAGAAUUCCAAUUUCCUUUUGCCUCUCAACAAUAUUGAUGUGCUAUAAGACUGAUAGGCUACAA